AUGAAGUCACUAAGGAACCCCUGGUGGGAAUGCUUGAUCGUGAAGCUUCUUGGUCGCCGAAUCUCCCUUGCGGCUCUAACGAGAAGGUUGGAGAUUAUGUGGAGUAGAAUGGGAAGCAUAGAGGUGAUUGAUUUGGGUAAUGACUUCUUUAUAGUGAAGUUCUUUUCCUCAAAGGAUCUGGACUUUGCCUUGACAGGGGGCCCCUGGAGGAUUUUUGAUAAUUAUCUUACCAUCCGGCCAUGGCAACUGGACUUUAACCCAAAGGCAGUAACGAUUGACAGAAUUGCAGCGUGGGUAAGGUUACCAGGGUUGGAUAUUGAAUAUUAUGAGGAGACUAUGCUUAGAAAAAUAGGUAACAUUAUUGGAAGGACGUUACGUGUAGACCCUAAAAUGGCUGAAAAGUGCAGAGAAAAGUUUGCUCGUUUGUGCGUCGAACUAAACCUGACAGAACCACUGGUAUCACAAUAUUCGAUUAAUGGAAAAAGAUAUUUAGCUCAAUAUGAGGGGCUCCAUUGCAUUUGCUUUACUUGUGGGAUGGUCGGGCACGAAAAAUCUAACUAUUCGAAGAGUCAGAUGAAAAUACAAACAUCUGCAAUAAUUCCAGCAAUGUCAGAAGGAAGAACUGAAGAGACUCUGCAUGGUCACAAUAACGGUGAGGGCAGUCAUGGAAAUUCUGAAAAGGACAAAGGUAAAAAAUUCUCCACAGAGGAUAAUAGUACCUAUGGAUCGUGGAUGCAAAUCUAA